CUGGCUACCAGCCUGGGCCCAGCAGAAAGCUGAGAGCAGCCCCUAUUAGCUGGGAUACGGAAGGGGAGCAGUGGGUCCGGCUGGGCCCUCCCUCCCCUCUUGGCCUCUCCCUGGCCUUACCCCUGCUCCGGUGUCCCAGGCAGGACGAUGGCUUCUGCGGCAGCAGAGAGGGAGAAGGGGUCUCCGGUUGUGGUGGGUCUGCUGGUCGUGGGCAACAUCAUUAUUCUGUUGUCAGGCCUGGCCCUGUUUGCUGAAACGAUAUGGGUGACAGCCGACCAGUACCGCGUGUACCCGCUGAUGGGCAUCUCAGGCAAGGACGACGUCUUCGCUGGCGCCUGGAUCGCCAUCUUCUGCGGCUUCUCCUUCUUCGUGGUGGCCAGCUUUGGGGUGGGCGCAGCGCUCUGCCGCCGCCGCUCCAUGAUCCUCACGUACCUGGUGCUCAUGCUCAUCGUCUACAUCUUCGAGUGCGCCUCCUGCAUCACGUCCUACACCCACCGAGACUACAUGGUGUCCAACCCGUCCCUGAUCACCAAGCAGAUGCUGACCUUCUACAGUGCAGAUUCGGACCAGGGCCGGGAACUGACCCGCCUCUGGGACCGCGUCAUGAUUGAGCAAGAGUGCUGCGGCACCUCAGGUCCCAUGGACUGGGUGAACUUCACAUCGGCCUUCCGGGCCUCCACCCCGGAGGUGGUGUUCCCUUGGCCGCCACUGUGCUGUCGACGGACUGGCAACUUCAUCCCCAUCAAUGAAGAGGGCUGCCGCCUGGGCCACUUGGAUUACCUGUUCACCAAGGGCUGCUUCGAACACAUCAGCCACGCCAUCGACAGCUACACAUGGGGCAUCUCGUGGUUUGGGUUUGCCAUCCUGAUGUGGACGCUCCCGGUGAUGCUGAUAGCCAUGUAUUUCUACACCACAUUGUGAGGAACAAGAAGGGAAAGCCAUGCGCGCACCUUGGCCUCCUCUUCCUGCUUCUGCUUCCUCCCGCGGAGAUGGCCGCCUCCGCUCUCCCCUUCCCACCCUCCGCUCGGAAGAUAUUUUAGCAGGUUGCUGAGCCCUGCUGGGAGUUGGGGUGCCCUGAAACCCCUGGACAUGUGUGCAAGGACUCAGCCCUUAAUUUCAUUUCUCUUGGCUGAUUCCUGGCCCAUCUUUCAUUGUCAACUCGAAGUCCUGUCUUUGGGGGGUGGCCCUUCCCCAGUGACAACACCCUGUUCACAGAUGCCUCUUUCCUAGUCCCUGAGCUCCUCCUUCGUGAUGGAUGUCGCUGUCAUCACUGAAUAGUUUGUGAUUGUCUAUUUAAGCUCUGAUAGCCUGGGACUGCCCUGAGGGGAGGGACAAGCUCGGUUAUGGUCAGUUUUUGUCCCCAGCUUCUCCUGGCACAGGGCUGUGCAUGGAUAGUCAAUAAAUACUGCUUGAACGA